GGAGAAUUUUUGCAUUUGCUUUUGAAUAAUGAUACUGUGAUUCCAUGGUGAGAUAAUCUCAUUCUGAUUAGUACACCAUUAAAUAAAUGUCUAUUUACUCUAGCGACACGAAUUUAAUAGAACACAUUGCCUCAAACUGUUCAUAUGUGUUGAGAAAAUCAAUAAACAAUAGUGGUGUUAACAUUUUUAGUAUGAAGUUCACCGUCAGCUACACCUUGGUCAACGUGAUUGCUGUUUGCAUCCUAGCUACAUCAGGAGACAUAACCAUGUCCUGGACGUCACCCAUGUAUCCAAAACUCUACUCCAACGACACAUCUAUCAACCCGCUGGGCCGAAGUAUCACAGAAGAUGAAGACAGUUGGAUCGGAUCCCUGAUAAACGUGGGAGCAAUAGUAGGACCCUUACCUUUUGGUUUCAUUGGGGAGCGUUUUGGGAGAAAAAUCGGCCUACUCUGUAUAGCGAUACCUCACGUAGUAUCAUACCUCACCAUGGCCUUCGCUAAGGAGGUGUACCUGUUUUACUUCGGGAGGAUAUUGGGCGGCAUAGCAGUAGGUGGAGGUUAUACACUACUGCCUAUGUAUAUAGCUGAAGUGUCAGAUGAAAUGAAACGAGGGUUUUACUCUGUGUUUUUAGGUAUAUUUUGGGGCUUUGGUAAUUUUUUGCCAUACCUUAUAGGACCGUUUUUGUCAGUUAUGUGGUUCAACGUUGUACUUGCUUGUUUUCCUGUUACUUUUUUCAUAGUAUUUUUAAUGUUUGGCGUCGAAACACCGCACUACUUAGUUGGUAAAGGAGACACUGGAAAAGCUGAAAAAGUUUUGAUGUUACUCAGGUCUAAAAGUAAAGAAGGCGUACAAAAGGAACUAAUGCAAAUUAAAGAAGGAUGUAAUAAGAACGAGGUAGGUCAUUUCAAAGACAUACUCCUAAACCCCGGCCAGAGGAAAGCUUUAUUCAUCGCUCUUGCGUUUAUCACGUUUCAGCAAUUUUCUGGAAUGAAUGCUAUAACGUUUUACUUGGAACCUAUAUUCAAAGCAUCUGGUUCAUCCUUACCUUCUGAUAUUUCAUCUCUUAUUGCUGGAGCAGUUAUUUUCAUAACAAGUUUUCUAACUCCAGCGUUGGUCAGCUUUUACAGCAGAAACGCAGUAAGUCUUGUUUCAAUAGUGGGAAUGGCAUUACCACUUGGUAUGUUGGGCGCAUUUUUCUAUGCUCUUGAUAACAACAUGAACGUUGAAAAUAUUAUGUGGAUGCCAUUAGCCAGCUUGAUACUCGUGAUCUUAACCUAUCAAAUUGGGUUUUCUGUCCUGCCUUGGACGAUAUCUUCAGAAUUGUUCUCCAAAGAUACUAAGCAUAUUGCUGCCUCAUUUGUUUCUAUCACCUGUUGGGUAGGCUCUUUUGUGGUAACCAAAUUUUUCCGAGAUAUGACAAACUUACUUGGCAACGCUGGUACUUUUUUGUUUUUCUCAGGUAGUUGUCUUUUGUGUGCAGUGUUCGUUGUAGUGUAUGUACCAGAAACCAGAGGGAAGACGUUAAUUGAAAUACAGAAAAUGUUGCAAAGGAAAAUAUCAAUGAUCAGUGUCGUCAGUCACAACUAAAGAAGCGAUUGGUUAAUUUGUGUAAAACAGAAUGAUGCACAUGUUUGAGUAAUAUAAGCUACAGCCAAGUAUGACGACUAGCACUGCAACAAAUAUUAUGAGCUAUAAAAAACUAUAAGGACCUGGGUAUAAGUUAUUUAGGUUUUUGCCAGACACUCCUGAAUGAUUGCUCGACUUUUGUAUGAUAAAUCGUCAUUUCAGACCAGAUAUUUAUUAACGUCUUUCGGUGGAAGUUGAAAAGGCAAAGUUGUUGAUACUAAUUGGCGAAAGCCUAUUUUAACGGAGAAUGCGUCAAUAUGAGGUUGUAGAUUCCUCGCUCAUGAAUUUUUUAAAUUUCUAUUGUUCAAAGUACUUAGGUAAAAUUCUUGAAAAUAAAGAAACAUAAAGAAUGUGGCUCUUGCUCAAGUUACAGAACGUCAAACGCACUUAGGCGAUUGGCACCAAAGCCCGAGUUUUGGAAUUUCAAAAUGGGUUCACAUUUUUGUACGGCUCAAGGUAUUGAGUGAAGCAAUUAUAUUAGUCGCGACCGGUAAUAGUGUAUCUAAUUUUUUUGUACGAACACAUAUACAGUGCUUUUCAGAAAGUUCUUCCUCCUACUUAUUCUUGAGUUAGCAAGCUGAAAUUCGGGAUGAUGACGUUUAUGCAUAAAUCGAAAAUUUCAAUAUAGCGGUUGGGCUCCAUCUUGAGAUAUUUUUUUAAGUGGAAUAGGGUGUGAGUGAUGAUACCCUAUUGUAAUGCUCGUUACUGACAGGGUUUUAAGCAUUUUUUAAGUGGAAUAUUCUAUAUUUUAUUAUAUAUUAGAAUAGAUCCUUCCUAGAGAUGAAGAUUGAUAUAUCAUAGUUAUGAGCCACUCACUGUACAAAAAUAAUCAACUUUGAUGGCCUAUCAGUCUACCACUUUAAGAAAUAGCAACUAUAUAUUCAAGGCAUGAAGCCUAUAUACCUGGAGAACCCCUGAAAUGAGGAAAACCAACAUCAAAACUUGAUGCCUGACUGAGGGCGCAGAUAUCAAAGCGAGUACCACCUGCUGCGCAUAAAUAAUAAUAGAACAGAUUAGAGUAGGUUUGCCUUUGCUGGGUUGCCUGGCAAUAUAUUCUAUUAUCAUUCAUAAAAAUCAAGUUCAGAUUCAAGCGGCCGCAUCUUAGACUAUCAGGAAAGUGUCGGUCAGAGCACAGCGCUGCCAGAUGGGUUGGACAGAAUUCCGCCAGAACAAGCGCAAAAAUCUCUCAGAAUAACUAACUUUUUUCAAAAAAUCCCCCAAAUCACAGUUAAUUAAUGGAAUGGGGCAGGUUUGGUUCAAGGAGCGGGGAGAUGCCUUCUAUCCGCGAAACAUGUGAUUUACCCAGAACAUUAUAUCUCAAAAAAUGAAAAUUCCCCAAAUUUGGGAGAGAAUUACUAACCAUGGCAACCCUAUCAUGUGCUCCAGGCUCAAGUUUCGGAGACGUUUUUACACCAAAAACAGCACUACCGUUUCUCCUGGUAGAUAGUAUCCAUGAUUCUAGGAUCAAACGUACUCAUGAGGAGCUUCAAAAUGACGUGACUGCCAUUGCAUUUAAAAAAAUCUUCCAAUAUGGCGUCCAGCGGUCAUCUUGAAACUCUGCUACUUACAUAUAUGUUGAUAAUAUACGGUACCUAUGCAUGAAUUUUAUCUUGCUAACUUGUCCCAUUCACAAGAAUGAGUACUGGAGAGGGGCGCUUUUUGAAACACACUGCAGUAUAUAGGUAUAUUUUCAUAUGAACGUUUCAAUUAAACAUCAUAUGACAAAUGUGAUAAUGAGAAGUAGUCAUUUGUACAUAUAAGCAGAACAUUAAAAUAGGCGUAUGUAGGUAUAUAUGAGAUUUUAUUCCAGACGUAUGUAGGUAUACUUGAGAUCUUAUCCCAGAGGUCAUUGGGAUUGUGCGAAAAGCUGUGAUUAUGGAUUUAAUACACUUCGUUGUGUUAAUGUAUUUAUAAACAUGUACAAUAUGACUAUAUGCAAUAAAGGUAUUUUUUUAUAAAAUAUGAA